AUGCAAAUUAGGCAUAUAUUUGUCCUUAUAAUUUCAAUUUUACUACUUGUUAACGCGUUACCUACCAAAUCAUCUAAAUCAUACACGAUUCCAUUAAAAAAGAAAAGAAUUUCUAAUUCGCUUAUACUACAUUAUGCUUCAGGACCAUCCAAUGCUAUUAAUAUAAAACGAGCUACUAAUGUGUCUUUAUCAGAUGAAUUUAGUCAUGAUGAUGCGUAUUUUUGUGAAAUUACUCUCAGUAACAAAAAAUUCAAUGUAAUGAUUGAUACUGGAUUUGGGGAUUUUAUAAUUCCGUCUGUAAAUUGUAAUUCUACAGCGUGUGAAAAUAAAGUUAAAUAUAAUCCAGUAAAUGAUACAACUUUUAGAACAAGAAAUAAAACCUUUGGAUACGUUUAUUUUGGUGGAUAUGUAUUUGGAAUAAGGGGUACCACCACCUCUAUGAAUAUUAAUGGAUAUAAUUCUGGUUUGAAUAAUGAUACAGGCAUUAUUGGGAAUAGUGGUUUGGAUUUUGGAUUAGUUGAUGUACUUCCCAAUAAUUUUGAAUUCGAUGAAUUUGAUGGUAUACUAGGUUUGGCUUCGCAAAAUGAAUUGGUAAUACAACCUGAAGAAAAUUUUUAUGAAAAUAUUCAGGAAGAUUUUAGUGAUCCGAAUCAAAUAUUCUCUUUAAAGAUUGGAAGAGAAGCAGACGGAACGGAAAGUGAAUUAACAAUUGGUGGUAUUGAUCAAAGUAAAUAUACUGGUGAACUUUUUUUAACAGAGGUGGUCGAUAAUGUUUACUGGUCAAUUCGUCUUGAUGGCUUCUCUAUCAAUGGUAUAUCAUUAGACUUUCAAGGUCGCAUUGGGAAAAUUGUUUCAGGAUUAUCCCCAAUAAUUGUACCAUUUGACGAUGCCCAUAAAAUUUAUCAGCAAAUCCAUAAUGCAACUGAUAAUGAUGGAAGAUUCACAAUGCCUUGUGAAAAUGAAUUUAAGGUUAAAAUAAAAAUCAGUAGUGUAGAUUUUGAUAUUGAUCUGAGAGAUUUAAUAGAUGUUCAACAAUUAAAUGAUCAACAAAUAUGCAAUAAUAAUGGAUGGAUCCUUGGUACUACUUUUUUAAAAAAUGUAUAUAGCGUUUAUGACGGAUCGAACCAUAAGAUUGGAAUUGCUAAAUUAAACAAGUCUAUAACUUGA